AUGUCGAAACGAACCAGUGUAUCGAGCAAUGGCGGUGCGCUCAAGGCGGGUGCUGGAAACGAGCCCUCCUACGAUAAACAGAAGGACCUCCUCGCCUCGACUACCGGCCACUUCUCACUCUUGCGAGCUCUUCACAUGGCAGACUACAUUACUGAGUUGAAUGGUGCCUGUGGCAUUCUAUCAGUAUUCUCUUCUCUACGGUACUGUCUUGGUGAUCCUUCAGACAAGAGCAACCUGUACCUCGCGCUCGCCUUUCUCCCCUUCGGUCUCUUCUUCGACUUUAUGGACGGACGCGUUGCGCGAUGGCGCAAGAAGAGCAGCAUGAUGGGACAGGAGCUGGACUCGCUAGCUGAUCUCAUAUCCUUCGGUCUAGCUCCUGCCUGCGUAGCCUUCAGCAUCGGCCUGCGCACAACUCUUGACCACGUUUGCCUCGUAGUCUUUGUACUCUGCGGUCUCACGCGUCUCGCUCGCUUCAACGUCACGGCGGCCAACAUCCCCAAGGACGCCACGGGUAAGGCGAGCUACUUCGAGGGUACGCCCAUCCCGACGACACUAGGCCUCGACGCCCUCAUGGCGUGGUGGGUCUCGCAGGACCGCAUCCUCACCAACGUCCCCGGCGGCGUCUGGUUCGCCGGCUCCGCGCUCGAGGUCCACCCUGUGGUGCUCCUAUUCCUCGUCCACGGGUGUCUCAUGUGCAGCAAGAGUCUGCAUGUGCCGAAGCCCUAAGUGGACAGUUAUCAUAGCAACCAAGUCGCAAAAUAACGAAGUUGAGUGGGGGGGCAAGUCAUCUUAUAGGAUGAGCGAAAAGCCUUAGUUUCGGAUGGGUAAUAGUGCUUCCAAGGUUCGAAAAAAUUGGAUUCGGUAGGCUGGAGAGGUAUACCUGUCGGACAAGUCUACCUAGUAUAUCUUAUGAUACCAGGGCCAGGCGUUUGUGUGCUAGGUUUACAUAUCACCACCAAUGCAUUGAUGGGUCUUUCCCCCCCUUUCUCAACGAUUGUCUCUAUGAGGGAAGAGGGAGAGAGGGAGAGGGGAUACACGAGUUUACGCUUUUUAUUUUGUAAAGGUUAUUAGAGGAUGUUUGCACAUGCACCAUAUAAAAGAACUGUCUUUGCUGUUCUUUCUUCUGCUAUGAUGAUUUCGCUUCGUUGUACAGGUUUGACAUCGUGAGUGGACUGGACUUUUUAUGUCUGUCUGUCAAUAGCUGCUGGUCUAAAGGUGAAUAUUAUCGUAGUUGAAGUUGUAAUAGCAGCCUGUAUUCUCUUCAUUGCUGCUCAUGGGGGUGUGAAAGCUGCUGAG